AUGGACGCCUCCUCCCUCCGCAUCUCCAAGUUCGAUGGAACUAACUUCCACGCCUGGAAGUUCAAGAUGCAGAUGGUGCUGGAGGAACGGGACCUAUGGGAGGUCGUCAGCGGUGAGAUCAAGGCGGAACAGUGCGAGACUCAGUUGGACCAAGCGACGUACAAGAGGAAGUCAAGAAAGGCGAUGGCAGUGAUCUGUCUAGCCAUGGAAGAUUCCCAGCUACCGUUGGUCCGGUCGGCAAGUGGUGCAUGCGACGCAUGGUCAAGGUUGGAAGACCACUUCGAGAAGAAGAGUCUUGCCAACAAGCUGUUCUUGCGCCGUCGCUUCUUCACGACAAUGAUGGAAGAAGGCGACGAUGUGCUCGAACACAUCAACAAGCUCAAGACGCUGGCGGAACAGCUAGAAGCGGUGGGGGCUCCAGUCUGCGAGGACGAUCUGGUGAUCACACUCCUCGGCAGCCUGAGUGACUCGUAUCAAUUCUUGAUCACAGCUUUGGAGUCGCGCUCAGACACUCUUAGCUGGGAGCUCGUGACGUCUCGACUGCUUCAUGAAGAAAUGAAGCGGAAGGAGCAAGGAAGUAAAGGUGAUGAAGCUUCGCAAGGUCAAGCGUUCAUCACAAGGGACAAUCAGCGCAAAGGGCGACCAGUGAAGAAGUCCUGGCCGUGCCACAAUUGCGGAAAGAUUGGUCACUGGAUGGCGGAGUGCCCCUCGCGCAUCCAAGAAAACACGGAGAGACACCGGCCACAGCGUGCUCAAGACAGCGGCGACCGCUAUCGAUCACAACGUGCAAACGUCGCUCAAGAAGAAGACUCGGGCGACUACCUCUUUUCGAUCGGUGAAACGACAUCUGCGAAAUCGAGCGACAUCUGGCUGGUCGACUCCGGGGCGACGCAGCACAUGACGUGCUCCAAGAAGUUCAUGCGGAACUACAAGGGGGUUUGA